ACCCCGUCCAACAGCGUCGGAAAGCCCUGAGAGGAACUAACAGAGCUCAGCUCCCUCACGGCAGACUGACAGCAUGGAGGUUCAUUUAUGAGAAAACACGCUGUGAAUGCCAAAAGGCCCUUUUCUGAUGGACACUGUUGUGAGGAUGAUGUGGGUAUGAUGGUGCCGACCCAGCCUUGACAAUGUAUGAGGUGAUGUCCGGUGACACCUUGUCCUGGAAGGUGCCCAGUCCAAGACAAAGUGGCUUAGAGUCUAGCCCCGAAUCGCAGUUCACUGGUGACGGAGGGCCCGUCAAGAUCCUCAAAGUGUGCUUCUGCACCAACAACAACCUGGGCAAGAACUUUAAGCUGGUUAAAUGUGACAGCUCCUGGCAAAUAAAGGCCAUCAUUCGUUCCAUUCUGGUCAGUGGCCGACUGGGGCCGAACAUCGAACACGGUAGAUGCUACGGCCUCCUGCUGAAGCACCUGAAGUCCGACGAACUUCACUGGCUGCAUCCGGAUCUGACCGUCGGGGAGGUGGAGCAGCGCUACGAGAGCCAUCACGUGGAAGCUGAGUGGAGGUACGACCUUCGUAUCAGAUACGUUCCUGUCAAUUUCCUGGAAAAAUUCAAAGAUGACAGAUCUACGUUAGUCUAUUUUUACCAACAGGUGCGCAGUGAUUACAUGCAGUAUCAUGCCAGUAAGGUCAGCGAUGGGAUGGCGCUGCAGCUCGGCUGUUUGGAGAUCAGGAGGUUCUAUAAGGACAUGAAUUCAAAAGGUCUAGAGAAGAAGUCCAACUUCGAGCUGCUAGAAAAAGAAGUGGGCCUGGACCUUUUCUUUCCUCCGGAGCUGAUCAACAGCAAGAAGUCAAGGCAGCUACGGAAGUUGAUCCAGCAAACAUUUCAACAGUACGCAACGCUCAAGGAGGACGACUGUAUGGUCAAGUUUUUUGAGACGCUCAAAGAUUUCGUCAAUUGUGAUGAAGAGGUUUUCCCAUGUGAACUAGUGCAAGGCUGGAGUCUGUCGGUGGAGCUGGUCAUCGGCGGGAGGGGGAUUCGCCAACGCACACAGAAGAAUUCAGCGCCUGUUUUUCUAGCCGACUUCAAACAGAUCAAGAAAAUUCAAUGCUUAUCUCAGGGCGACGGCAAGGCUCUCAUGAACCUCGACAUAGAGGGGGCCAGACAAUGCCUGUCGAUCAAUGUGGCCACCGUCCCUAUGGCAGAGAACAUGAUGGAUCUUAUUGAUGGGUACUGCCGUUUGGAAAAUGACACAGAUGACAGUGUUAUCUACCGGCAAAAUAAAGAUGCCAAUGCACGAAGUUCUCUACCUGACAUUCCGACAGGCAGAGACACCAGCUCCAUCAGACACAGCAUGGGGUCAGAUAUCUACUGUGAGAUUCUCGAUGAAAGGCCAAAAUCAGUAGUUAAAUACGGCAUCGCCCGAGAUGACAUUGUUCUCGGCCGAAUCCUUGGCGAGGGGUUUUUCGGGGAAGUCUACGAUGGAGUUUACAAAAAAGAUAAUGGCGAGCGGGUUAAUGUGGCAGUGAAGACCUGCAAAGACUGUUCACCUGAUGUGAUGGAGAAGUUCAUGAGUGAAGCAGUUAUUAUGAAGAACCUCGAUCAUCAGCACAUUGUCAAACUGAUUGGGAUCAUCGAGGAGGAUCCUGUGUGGAUUGUCAUGGAGCUCUAUCAGUAUGGAGAGCUCGGGAACUACCUAACUCAGAACCAGAACAAGCUGACAAAAAUAACCCUGGUGCUGUUCAGCCUGCAGAUCUGCAAAGCUCUCGUCUACCUCGAGGGGGUCAACAUGGUGCACAGAGACAUUGCGGUUCGGAACGUGCUAGUCGCCAGUCCAGACUGUGUGAAGCUCGGAGAUUUCGGUCUGUCCAGGUACAUUGAGGAUGAAGAGUACUACAAAGCGUCUGUUACUCGGUUGCCGAUCAAGUGGAUGGCCCCAGAAUCCAUCAACUUCAGACGCUUCACCUCAGCCAGUGAUGUCUGGAUGUUCGCUGUAUGCAUGUGGGAGAUAAUGAGCUUUGGGCAGCAGCCGUUUUUCUGGCUUGAGAACAGAGACGUAAUCAACCAACUGGAGCAGGGCAUCAGGCUGCCCAAGCCAGACAACUGCCCUCCUGCCCUCUACUCACUCAUGACCCGCUGCUGGUCCUACGACCCCAGAGAGAGACCCAACUUCACUGAGCUGGUAGUGAAGAUCAGUGAUGUCCACAAGAUGGAGAAGGAGCAGGAAGUGGAGAGAGAGAGGGACAGAGCGCGCUCCACAAAGUUUUUCGAUGGCAAGUUCAACUUUAACGAGCCUCCACCCAAGCCUUCAAGAAUGAAACCAGGGAGGUUUGGGAACACGCUCAGUAUUGGUCUGCACAUUCAGCUGAACGAGGCUUUGUGUGCCAGCUCACCCGACCUGGCCAGCCCAUCUGAAUAUCAGUCCCCUGUCGACUCCAUGAACACUCUUACGUUGCCGGUCAGGUCCCCUCGGCGUCGAAGCAUGGGGGAGAGCGAGUUUCUCAGAGUGGAAGCAAACAGCAGGGAGGACGCUCAGCGCCUGUGGCAGAGGGAGAGGCAGCACAUGCAGGACACCCUCCGUCGGCAGAAAGAGCAGAUGAUGGAGGAUAAAAAGUGGCUGGAGAAGGAGGAGAGACUCCUGGUGGGAAGCAGAGCAUCAUUAACUUUUGUCAACCCCCUCUCUGUGACUCUGUGUCCCUCCACUUCUGAAUUCAAUGUGGCCCUGGAGGCCACGCUCGACGAGGUGUCGUUAAACAAUAUCAGCCCACUCGUUCACUCUCGACGCCCCGCUAGUCUUAAAUUGAAUGCUCCCCUGAUAACAGUCCCAAAGAGGGAGUCCAUGUUCAUAUGCUAUAAAAUGAACCUGCCUGUUCUUUUGCAGGACCCCAUGGGACCAGAGGACGCUGCUAGCACAGUGUCCCCUGAAGCUGACGCUGAGAAUGCACCUCCAGAGAAGCCCCCACGGCUCACAGCACAGCCUGCACCCACAGCUGAGCUGGACCGCUCUGACGACAAGGUGUAUCACUCCGUCAUGGGUCUGGUCAAAGUUGUUGUCCAGCUCAAGAAUGACAUCACCGAGCUGCGUCCGGAACAAUACAUCACCAUUGUCCAGUCUGUUGGGAUGGCUUUACGAGACCUGAUCCGCAAUGUGGAUGACAUACUGCCCACCCUGCACGAGUCAGUCAGGACCGAGAUCGAGGGCACCCAGAAGCUGCUGAACAACGACAUGGCAGAGCUGAUCAGCAAGAUGCGGCUGGCCCAGCAGAACGCCAUCACCUCUUUGAAGGAGGAGUGUAAGAAACAGAUGCUGGCCGCAGCACACACUCUGGCCGUGGACAGCAAGAACAUGUUGGAUGCUGUGGACCAAGCCAGAGUCAGGGCCAAUUUAGCCAAGCCUGUGGCCCCCUAGUGGACUAUAAACUCUGUUAUUCAGUUCGUACAUCAAGCUUAAAUCAGACUUCUUCACAUUUAUCGGCCAGAAAUAACAUAUGCACACAGUCGUUUUUUGUAAUCAGACUGCUUAAAUCAAGGUUGUGGCAGUUCCUUAGAGUCGUAUUGUUGACUUUAAAUAUGAUGCAACAACUCGGGAAAACGUGGAUGUGUAUGCUCACCGAGUUCAAACACUGAAACUGAUGAUGGCCUCUUUGUCUAGGAUGCCGUCAUUUCAGACAUGGACACGUGUUCUCAUUUGUGAUUGGUGCGUUAUUGACUUAUCUGCUCAGAAACAGAAUCAUCCUUGUACAUAUAAAAUGUGUCGUAAGACAAGUACAACAGACUUCAAAUGUUUGAAAUGACUCUAAAUGUUUCCUCUUCCAAACCUGUGUGUUGUAGCCUGAGUGAAACGUAAAGAAGAUGAAACCAAAAAAUUCAUUCUUGAUAUAUACAGAACAUAGUUUCAAGUAAAAUUAUGAGAGGAGGACUGCAGUGGUGUGGAUAGUCAGAUAUGUCUCAGGUUCAGUUUGGAAGAGUCAAAGGUUUUCAUGUUAUGUCCAAUUAAUUAUUAUAAAAUAUGACAUUCUAGCAUGUAAAUCAAGUGAUACAAAAUAAAUACCACGAUGCAUACGGCCGCACAUUAAUGCCUGUUCAUUGAUACAUAUCUCUUGCUGUGGUUGAGUAUUGAAAUAUAGAUGCUAUAUAGAUUAUCCUCUCACAGUGAAAUCUGUGAUCACAUUCAGUGCUAGCACAUACUGUCGAUGUCAAGUGCUGAUAAUGAUCCUUCUGUACUCAGUUUUUAUAAGUUUGAGACCCAAUGGUGACAACACCUGUACAAUGUAAAGCAAAUGCAAAUGUCGAGUCGACACCUAUCUGAUGCUGUCUAUCAAAGACUGUAGAAGCUGUACAAAAUCAAUGAGUUUGCAUUAUAUUGAACAGUUGUUGCCUGCAGCACUAUGGCAUUGUGUUUCAGUACAGAGUAUAUAAACAUAUCUACAUAGCUAAUUACGUGCCUGCAAAGUUAAGUAUACUUGUUUGUUCCUUUCAUGUCUCACUGUGUUGUGGAC